UCAGCAACCAAGUUGUCUUCGGCUCGGGUCGCCAUUUCUCACUCUCCUGAGUUGAGUUUGCACUACGGCCGCUCAGAUGGUUUCCCAUGGCAUAUAGAGGUUAAAAACCUUCUCACUAGGAUAUUUCGCCUGCCCUCCUUCCGACCUCUUCAAAUUAUCGCCAUCAAUGCUACCUUGGACAAGCGUGAUGUUAUCCUUGUUAUGCCAACAGGCGCUGGUAAAAGUCUUGUCUAUCAGCUUCCAGCGAUGGUCACUCUGGAGGCAAAUGGAAAAAUGGUUGGCUCCAGAUUCUCCCUGGUUAUCACCCCCCUUGUUUCCCUUAUGUACGACCAGUUGAUUAGCCUCAAACGCUUGGACUUGCCAGCAGACACUGUGGCUAUCAUGAAUGCGACUACUUCACAGGCCGAACAGAAGCGAAUUCUGGACCUUAUGGUGCAGAAACCGGUGCGUCAUUACUAG